GUGACAGUGAGUUCUGGGUGUGUGGCUAUAUCUAAGCCAUCUAAAAACUCGUUAUCUUUGUUUUCAGUUUUUACUACAAUAUCUAUAUCCGGUAAAUGCCAAAGCGGCAUGAGCUUUCUUCACACUAUUAAUAGUGAAGCAUUUUGGAUGUGUGAUGAGUAAAAUGUUACUUUAGCAUCCAAAAUAAAAUCAGUUGCUAAGAGCCCAUUAAAGAUGGCUCCAGUCUACUUACUACCAUGCCAAGAAUAAAGACACCAAGUACUUUGAGAACUAUAGAUGCAAACUCUCUGUGCCUGCUAUUCCCUUUUUCAAAUGGGAAAUAUUGUUUAUCACCAUCUUUGUGUUUUACUUGCUCAGCGCCCACAAUUUGUUUUCUUCUGCAAACAUCAUGACCUGAAACAGGCAAGUCUUCAGUGAAGGCUGGAAUGGGGAAUGGGACUUCGAGUGAAAGAACAAAUAUUUUUAAUGCUGAAGAAAUUUUCAUCCACUACCUACUCAGCCGAUGAGGUGCCAUUCAUCUCAUUACUGUUACUUGAUCUACUAUAGACUCCAUGCAAUCAUAGAAUGCAAAUGAGUUACCAAGCACGGGAUCUCCUCCCAUAUGUGUUGCCAAGCUCCAACUGUUGUGCAUAGCCACACAUAGUGAUGACAAAAAAAAACAACAACGCUGGAUUCUACUAUCGACCGCAGCUUAGAAUCCAAUAGCACCAAUCUCGGAGAUGGUGUACUUAACGCUCUGUUAAAGACAGAACUGUCGGCAACAAAAUUUCAGCCAACUAAUAAAACAACGUAUGCAUCGCAUCUGACACGUUGCUGUUGGAGAUAUCAGCUGUGUUUAUUACGGUGUGCGCUGUGUUCUGCGCGUGAACACAUUUCGUCCACCAACAGUCUGCUGCUGGUGGUUUAUCAUCCCGCAGUCGUCAUCCACAUUCACGCGGAAACGUCUGCCAGCUUCUGAUCAUUAUUUUUCAUAUUGUGUGUCAACUCCUUCCAUGGAUCAUAAUUAAAGAAAAACCAUGUCUCAACCAGAUCGCUCAGGUGAAAGGCGUCGCCGUUUGGCCGUGUCUUCACUGACUUCACGAUGUGAGGAUGACUGCGAAGAUCUUAGAGGAGCAAGCGGAGUGCUUGGGGGCCAUUGGAGGCGUUGGCGGAGGGCUCUGCUUGGUCGCUCCUCUUCGGCGUCAUCGUCGAUCGUUGAUUUGGGCGACUUGGUCGCCAAAUUCCCGCAGAUGGAAGAAGUUUUGCAGGUGUAUCCGAAGGAUACUCCGCUUGCUCUUUUCACCAGUUUGCUGCCGGAAGAUUUGGCUAACGUGCCGGAUCAAAGCGGAUUGCGCCAACGCAUACUGAACGCGGUGGAAAUGGCUCGUCAAUGGAUCAACCAAUCCGAGUUGGACGGAGCGGGAUGCAUGACGCCGGUCCGCCGCUCUUUGGAUGUCGACUGUUUGUCACUGGGAAGCGGGAGCGGGAGUUCCUCGCCAUCGUCAUCGGCAUCAUCAUCGUUAGCUGCGUCGAUGUUGUUGCUACGUCCGCGUGCAUUUGCCCGGCAGCUUUCGGAUGAUUUACGCCGCCGGAGGGAAAGCUAUGCAGCCGGCCAGUAUGGAUCGAAUGGAGGGUGUUAUUCACCCCUGGCCACGGGCGUGGGUGUUGUGCCAGCCCAUCGCCACAGCGUCGGCGGAGUUCAGUUGGUGCCGUCCAACUUGGUUCAAACCACUCGAGUUCACUCGGCGGUGACAUCGAGCACGACUUCAUCCACAUCUGCCGCCAAUGACGAAGCUGAGCCAGAUAAUUACAAUUUGCAACGGAUCCGUGGCUCGACGUUGGGUCAAUCUGCUCCAUCGCUAACGGCUAAUUCUGUGAGGGAUUUGAUGCUGCCGAGAAGAUGUUCUCGAGUACAGUAUUCGCAUCUGCAGCAUCGAAAGAGCAUGAUAGCGGCCACAUCGCCCACAAUGCCGCCCCGUUGCCAGUCACCAUUGUCACAAGGGAGCCCGAUGGAAAGUCCACGCAACAUGUCGCCCAGCCAGCAAUUUGCUUUCGUCCCCAUAAAAAAGGCCGAGUGUCGACGGUGGUCGGUGGCUUCGUUGCCUUCAUCUGGUUACGGCACUACUCCGGCCAGCUCCAAUGUGUCGUCACAGUGUUCCAGUCAAGAGCGGUUGAAUCAUUUGCCGACGGUGCCGACUGCCGAAGAAAUGCGAUUCCUCUCGCGACAUUUCUCAUCCAACGAGAGCAACCCCGUCAUCGAGGAGACGGAUGGUGGUGCGGCAGCUGCUGAACGUCAUUCGCCCAGAAUGCGUCCAAGAUCCAGGAGUCUGAGUAGUCCGAUCCGCUCACCAGUUGUUGAUAGCGAAGUGGUCAUGAUGAACAUGCUGUACAAAGAACGCUUCCCCAAGGCCACCAGACAGAUGGAGGAGAGACUUAAGACGUUCGUCGAAGAGAACGCAAGCGUCGAGAGUUCGGAGGCACUAGUGGCGGCUACCGAAGGUUCGUCCGAGCCCAUCCCAGCCGACGCCAUAGCCAUCGUGCGAUUCGUCCAGCAUCAGGUGAUCGAACUGGGGCGCGAUUGUUUGCAGAAAUCGGAGCAGGGCCUCAUCACCAGCCGAUACUUUUACGACAUGUCGGACAAUCUGGAGAGACUCUUGUCAGAGGCCAAAGACAAAGCCGUCGACGCUGUCCCGCACCUCAGUCGACUCGUCCGCAAGCUUUUGCUCAUCAUUUCACGACCGGCAAGGUUACUGGAGUGCCUAGAAUUCGAUCCUGAAGAAUUUUAUCACAUGUUGGAGGAAGCCGAGGGCCAAGUUCGAGUCACACAGGGCGUAACGGAUUUUCCGCAGUAUAUAGUCACCCAACUGGGUCUGAAUCGUGAUCCGUUGGCCGAAUUCCAGCAGGAUCUGAGCCAGCUGGAGAAGACUUGUUCUACUCCAGAACCAACGGAAGGAACUGACUCUCCGGUGACGACGUCGACGCCGGAAAAGAAGAAAGCGGUUGAUACGUCACAUUUGCCCAAGGAGAGUGAUUACGAAGUGGUCAAAUUGGUAUCCAACGGUGCCUACGGGGCUGUUUACCUGGUGCGUCACCGCGAGACGCGCCAGCGGUUUGCCAUGAAGAAGAUCAACAAACGCAACUUGCUGUUGCGUAACCAGAUCGAGCAGGCUUUCGCCGAACGCGAUAUCCUCUGCUUCACAGAUAACCCGUUCGUCGUUAGUCUUCAGUGCAGUUUCGAAACGCAAAAGCAUUUGUGUAUGGUGAUGGAAUACGUUGAAGGAGGCGAUUGCGCCACUCUCCUCAAGAACAUGGGUCCAUUCCCUUGCGACAUGGCCCGUCUGUAUUUUGCUGAGAUGGUCUUGGCCGUCGAGUACUUGCACAGCUACGGUAUUGUUCACCGCGAUCUGAAACCAGACAACUUGCUCAUUACCGCCAUGGGACACAUAAAAUUGACCGAUUUCGGGCUGAGCAAAAUGGGUCUCAUGUCUCUGGCAACCAACUUGUAUGAAGGUUUUAUCGAUCGGGAGACUCGCGAGUUCUCCGACAAGCAAGUCUUUGGUACGCCAGAGUACAUAGCCCCAGAAGUGGUCCUACGCCAAGGAUAUGGCAAACCGGUGGAUUGGUGGUCGUCGGGUAUCAUUCUCUACGAAUUUCUGAUUGGCUGCGUCCCGUUUUUUGGCGAAACGCCAGAAGAGCUCUUUUCUCACGUUGUCAACGACGAUAUUGAAUGGCCCAGUGAAUCCGACUGGCCUGUUCCGGCUGAAGCCAAAGAUCUGAUUACCGCUCUGCUACAGCAGAACCCGCGUGAUCGACUGGGCACGGCCGGCGGAGCUGAAGUCAAAGCCCAUUCAUUCUUUGAUCGACUGGAUUGGAACUCUUUGCUGCGUCAAAAGGCCGGCUUUGUGCCUCAGCUGGACGACGAUAACGAUACGAGCUAUUUUGACACACGAGCUGAUCGCUACUGCCACGAUGACGCUUCCGGAGAUUUGGAACUAGAACUCGAGGCAACUGAAGGUGGUGCCACUACACCACAACUCUUUGGCUCUUUUUCAUCUUGCUCGCCGAGAUAUAAGAAAUCGCACGGCCUCUUUCUCGAUGCCAAAUCCAGCAACGAUUCUGGCUCGGGUGCUUCGGAUCAUUCUGAAUCAUGCGGAAGUCUCAGCGCUGGCGAGGACAAGUCUUUGAUUCUUCCUCCCAUUCAACAGACACCAGAAUCAACAGAGAACGAAGAUUCCAGUCCACAACUUCAGCGAAGGCGAAGGAUGCUCCAUCGUGAGCUUAAAUCUCUUCCACGUUUUUCCAUUUCCAUGGAAUCCGAAUCCGGAGGACGUUGUAUGACACCCAUAUCAACUCCCGAUCACGUCCGUGAGCUGUCACCGGUAGACGAAGGGGAUCGCACCACAACUGAUCCUACACCCCCAUCGUCUGCCGGCAUUCAGUUAUCCGCCAAUGGCGGCGUCCGACCCAAAAACAUAUUGGCCCAUUCUUCAUUUUCAUCCAAUUUUAAGCAAAGGCGUAGCAUCAAAGCUGAUUCAGCGCCAUCUGGUUUGGCAUUGGUCAUUUCUUUGGCGGAGGAAGGCCCAUCCCCGUCACCUGGCGGAGGGUCUAGCACGGCCAGCUCACGGGACACGUCUCCCUGCCGCGAGCUUUCGCCUACCAUCACGGGCAGUCUUAAGCCGCCCAUUGUGCUCCGACGAGCACCUCGUGGAUUCGGUUUUACUUUACGGGCCAUCCGCGUCUACCUUGGUGAUUCCGAUUUUUACACUGUUCACCAUUUGGUAAUGGCAGUCGACGAGGGAAGUCCUGCUUUAGAAGCUGGACUUCGGCCUGGAGAUUUGAUAACUCACAUCAACGGAGAAGCCAUCCAGGGGUUGUUUCACACACAGGUCUUGCAAUUGAUCCUGUCUGAAGGUGACAGAGUGACACUGCGAGCGACUCCAUUGGACCAGACGAGUAUUCAGACUGGCGGUCGUCGAAGAGAAUUAGCCAAAAGCCGUUUAGCCCGUCGUGGUUACUACCGUGUGUCAUCCGGUGCCGGCCGGAGACCGCCUGGUGGAGCAAAAGGCAAAGCUGGAGGUGGAAGUAGCGAUCAAGCUGAACGACGCCGCAAAUCGUCUCUGUUUCGGCGACUGAGCAGCAAACGGGCCAGCGCUGAAAUUCAGCAGUCACUCCGAUUGCAGAUUCCCAUGUCGGCCCCCGUGCUUCCGCGCGGCCACCCUUCUCCUUUUUUGUUGGCGGCCAACUACGGCGGAUCGUCUUCACCUGUGCUGACGCCGAGUCGAAGUUUCCAGUCACUGAGCCGGUCAUUGCCGUCCCACGAAUCGGGAUCCAAUUCGCCCGGAAGCCGCUCUUCGGCAUCGGGCUACUCGCCACCCAUCUUACGUCAUCACUGCCAAUUGGCUGCAGCCAGUCCGGCUUCAGAGUCACCACGCUCCACACCGUCCAGCUCACCGGGUUCUUCGACGCCAAACAGUCCAGCCAGUGGCCAAUUGAAUCCGGCCGGGCCACCCGCCUCGGCCGCACGACAUUUCCAACCUCACAGACCGUCGUCGUUGCAUGGCCUUAAGAACAAGUUGCAUUCGGUGGCUAAAAACAUGCACUCGCCCUCUAGACGGAAAUCAGCCGGCCACAUACCACUUUCACCAUUGGCCCGCACUCCGUCUCCAUCGCCUUUACCACAGCAGCAGCCCCUGCCCGUUUCUCCGACUCGCUCGCCCAGUCCUCUGGCAUUCCCAAUUCAAGUACAUCAUCCUCCCGGCAGCUCUCACUCGACUCAGCUUUUUAGUCCUGGGGCUUCACUUUCCGUUUCGCCGGCCGCGAAACAGCGAGCUCUCUCUAGGCCAAAAUCGGCCGAGCCCGGAUCACCGUUAUUACGCCGAGCACUCUCUCCUGACCGACUUCAUCCGCGAUCCGCUGAAAAGAACCUGGGAAUUUCACCUCUGUGCAAUGCUUGCAGUAGUACCACAACCGCCAAUGCCAACAGCAACGGUUCAAAUACAAGUCAACGUUGCGGGCUACCGAAAGUGACAGUGAUCAGCCCCCCGCGUGUCACCAUUCUUUCGCAACUGGCUACGGAAUCCGCUGAAUCUGAUAAAAGGACUAAAAAAAUAGAUGACGAUGCCACCAGUCAAUCAGCCACCGCUUCGGCUGGAGUUGAUGGGCAAAAGACGGUCCGGUUUGAAUCGGACUCGAAUACAGAUAAGGAGGAAAUACCAUCCAAUGUCCAACGCCGUCCGCGAUCGAGGAGCGCAUCUCCCGUCCCUCUUGCACCUACCCCGCCACCCGAUAUCUCGGUCGAGCCUUGUGUUCUUGCGGCCGCUGCAGCUAGCACUGAACUUCGACGUCGUAAAAAUUCUGCUAUAGAAGAGCAGCAGCAGCAGUCGCAACUUGAUCAAGUAGAACGAACGUCUCAUCUGUGAUGUACAAAUCUAUUUUCUUCCCA